AACUGCAUAGUUAAAAAAUGACCGUAUGUGACAUCAUUUAAGAAAACUUCAAUUUUUGUGUAGUCUUGUAAGUUGUGAUAAAAUUUGAGAUAAUAAUUUGUUGAAUACUUGAAAAUGACCACAGCUCCCAUAGUCAAAACUAUAGUCCACGCAGGGCAGAAGUAUAUACCUAUUAAAGAAGGAAGUAAGGUACAUUUUCACUUUCAAACAUGGAAACUUGGCAAAGAGAGAGUACUUAUAGACGACAGCAAGAAAAUUGGCAAGAAAGAACCAAUGGUGUUAGUGAUCGGACAUAAGUUUAAGUUGGAAGUUUGGGAAACAAUAGUGAAGAUGAUGUCUCUUGGAGAGGUCGCAAGUUUUCAAGUAAAAAAAGAACUGGUCUACAGUUACCCAUUUGUGUCCAAAACUCUUAGGGAAUUGGGACAAGAAAAUAACAGGAAAACACAUACUUGCACUAUGACAUUGCAUACAGAGGGGAUUGGCUAUCCAGACUUGGACGAUCUGAUUAACAAUCCUACUGAUUUGGAGUUCAUAAUUGAAAUUUUAAAAAUAGAACAAUCAAAUGAGUAUGAGAAGGAAUUAUGGCAACUGAAUACUGACGAAAGAUUAAAACUUGUACCUACACUUAAAGAGAAGGGUAAUAAGUAUUAUGCACAAAAACAAUAUGAUGAAGCAGAGGAGGCAUACAGAAAAGCUAUAUCCAUCUGUGAACAAAUGAUGAUUAGAGAAAGAAAAACUGACGAGGAAUGGAUCACCCUGAACAAAUUAAAACUACCUAUCCUACUAAAUUUUGCACAAUGUAAACUAAUAAAAGGAGAUUUUUAUGCAGUCAUAGAACAUUGUAAUACAGUUCUAGAACAUGAGCCAGAAAAUGAAAAAGCUUUGUUCAGGCGCGGAAAGGCACACGUAGGUGCUUGGAAUCCAGAUUUGGCAGAAAACGACUUUAAAAAGCUGAAAUCUAUAAAUCCAAAUAUGUCUUCCACAGUAGAUAAAGAGUUGGAUCUCAUUAAAAAACUCCGGCAAGAAAGAGUAGAAGAAGACAGAAAUGCCUUAAAGAAUAUGUUUGACAAAGAGAAUAAGUCAUAGCAGGAAGAGAAACAGCAUUCUUAAGAUAUGUUUCUAUUUAGUAUUUACUAUUUAAUAUAUUCCUAAUAUCCUAUAACUUUAUAUUGACUAACAGUUUUGCUCCUAUCUUAAAAUAACUUUAGUUGAAAUAUUUUAAUUGUAUGUUAGUAUGUCAUGUGACUUGUGAGUAAGUGUUGUUAUUUACUAAUGAGGCUAGUCGAAAGUGUCUUCUUAUAAAAUAUAUUA